AUGCCGCACAAGAUAGAAGGCUUCUUGUUUUUGCUUCUCUUUGGCUAUGAAGGUCUUUGCUCCAAGGCCACCUUCUCGCUGCCGGAUAUCUUAUUCGUUCAUUCAUUAGCCCUGAUCACCCGCAGCCUGCGCUACGCACACCCUAUGACGGCUGGUCCUCCUCCUAUUUUGUUAGCUGCGAUAGUAAGAGACAUCUAUGGGGAGAUACCUGGUAAACCAUUCAAAGCAAGAGAUGGAAUCUUGGGCUUAGGAAUAUUUAUGAGGUCGGUAGAAGAAGCAGAGCUCUCAAAGGAGACUGAGAGGAUAUUCAGAGUGAUGGGAGAACCAGCCACACUGGGAUUAUCAUCUACUGAGGAUGAGGUUGAGGACCCCUGGUACCAGAAAGUGUGCAAAUGCAAUUGCCAAGGAGGUGCCAAUGUCCUGUGGUCUGCUGGUACAACCUCCUUAGAUUGCAUACCAGAGUGCCCGUAUCAUAAGCCUCUGGGGUUUGAGUCAGGGGAGGUCACACCAGACCAGAUCACCUGCUCCAACCUGGAGCAGUAUGUGGGCUGGUAUUCCUCGUGGACAGCUAACAAGGCCCGGCUCAACAGUCAAGGCUUUGGGUGCGCCUGGCUCUCCAAGUACCAGGAUAGCAGCCAGUGGCUGCAGAUAGAUCUGAAGGAGGUCAAGGUGAUUUCAGGGAUCCUCACCCAGGGGCGCUGUGAUAUCGAUGAGUGGAUGACCAAGUACAGCGUGCAAUACAGGACAGAUGAGAGCCUGAACUGGAUUUACUAUAAGGACCAGACAGGAAACAACCGGGUCUUCUAUGGAAACUCAGACCGAACCUCCACAGUCCAGAACCUCCUGAGGCCCCCCAUCAUUUCCCGCUUCAUCCGGCUGAUCCCGCUGGGCUGGCACGUCCGCAUUGCCAUUCGGAUGGAGCUGCUGGAGUGCGCCAGCAAGUGUGCCUGA